AGUAUAAAACAUUGUUGUGUCAUAAUAAAUCAUCCACUAAUGAAUGUAGCGCAGACUCUUAGAUUGAAACGCUGCGCUGAGGAACAUCAAUAUUGUCAUCAUUCAGUUAGUCAGUACUGGUCACAUCAGUGAUGGGUCGGCCAAUGCGUGCCCGUGCAUUCUUACCGGAGUUGUGUUUAUGUUUGUGUUUUGGUUGAGUGCACUCUGAGUGAGGCAGAUUUGUGACUGGCUAGACUGAAGGGUUUACGAUGAAGAAUGAGGCUCACACACAGGUAGUUACUGCUGACCCGGCUGCCAUUGUUUACCAGACAAAAAGACCGGGGGGGACGACUUUCUUGUCCCGACAUGCCACAUCCUGGUAGAGUAUUAGCAUUGUAGCGUUUAGGUGGUAAUGGGGUCUUUAAGUGUAGUCAGGGAGACCUGUUGAAUGAGGAGUUGUUUUAAAAAUAUGGGGCGGGGGAGACUGACGAGAACAGACAGCCUGCUAGUUAAUGCCUACCUGCCAGCGUCUGUCCUCAAGGUGUGGGUUGGUGUUCACUUGAGAAUUUCACGCUUCGUGUGUGUCUUCACUAAACUGUUCCACUUAGCCUAUAUCUGAUUUUCUCUCUCCAUUCAAUUCAACAUAACGGGAUGAAUCCGCGUGCGCAAAUAAAAUGCAUAGAAGCGCAGCCGAGGUCGGUCUUGAAUGGAUUCUCCCUUUUGCGUCUUUACUGAACCUUCUCACUGACGCUAUGGUCAUCAGCUCCCUCCCUGAGCCUACAGCUUGACCUAUCACAAGAGACUGGACUCCUACGCUGUCUUGAUGAACAGAGAUGGAGUGGGAGUGAUAUGGAGCGAUAAAUGAUAGAGAGCGGGAGAGAAAGGAAGAGGGAACUAGGAGGCUUGCUCAGCCGUGCCGCCAUGUGAUGGUCAUGGCUGCGGAUGUAUGGCUACCUACCUCAGGCCAGCAGGCAGAUGUCCACCAUGCGGUCAGCUCACAUCCUUUCCAAUGCCGUCAGCGACAUGCAGCGUUUCUACGGCUUGGCGGUCACCGGCGCCAUGGACCACGGCACGGUGACAGCCAUGCGGAGGCCGCGCUGUGGAGUCCCAGACAAGUUUGGGGGUCAGAUCAAGACCAACGUUCGGCGCAAACGUUAUGCACUCACUGGCCACAAAUGGAACAAGAGCCACCUCACCUACAGUAUACAGAACUACACACCAAAGAUCGGGGAGUACAACUCGUAUGAGGCCAUCCGUAGGGCCUUCAAGGUGUGGCAGAAGGUGACCCCGCUGACCUUCGAUGAGAUCCCCUACCAGGAGAUCAAAUACGGCCGCAGGAAGGAGCCUGACAUCAUGAUCUUCUUUGCCUCGGGUUUCCAUGGAGACAGCUCACCCUUCGAUGGCGAGGGCGGGUUCCUGGCCCACGCCUACUUCCCUGGCCCUGGUAUGGGCGGUGACACUCACUUUGACUCUGAUGAGCCGUGGACAAUCGGCAAUGGGAACUUGCAAGGUAAUGAUUUGUUCCUCGUUGCGGUACAUGAGCUGGGCCAUGCCCUGGGCCUGGAACACUCCAACAACCCAAUGGCCAUCAUGGCUCCUUUCUACCAGUGGAUGGAAACGGACGACUUUCAACUGCCUGAGGAUGACCUCAGAGGAAUACAACAGAUCUAUGGUCAGCCAGACGGUACACCCACCCAGGCUCUUCCCACUGUCACUCCUCGCCGGCCAGCCCAGCCAGACCCCAAACCCCCCAACUCUCCUCCCAACUCUCCCCCUAACUCCCCCCCCAAGUCACCCCCCAACUCUCCUCCCAACACUCCCCCCAGAUCUCCCCCUAACUCUCCCCCCAACGCCCCACCCCGGAGGCCAGACAAGCCCCGCACGACUGACCGCCCGGACCACUACGGCCCAAACAUCUGUGAAGGAAACUUCGACACGGUCACCAUGCUCAGGGGAGAGAUGUUUGUGUUCAAGGGUCGCUGGUUCUGGAGGGUGCGGAGGAACAGGGUCCUGGACAACUACCCAAUGCCCAUUGGUCACUUCUGGAGGGGACUGCCUGGGGACAUCGAUGCAGCCUACGAGAGACACGAUGGGAAAUUUGUCUUCUUUAAAGGGAAUAAGUACUGGUUGUUCAGGGAGGCAAACCUGGAGCCUGGUUACCCCCAGGAGCUGACAGACUACGGCAGGGACAUCCCCUAUGACAAGAUAGAGACAGCCAUCUGGUGGGAACCGUCAGGUUUCACAUACUUCUUCAAAGGAGACUGGUACUGGCGCUUUAACGAACAGUCCCGUGCGGUAGACAAGGACUACCCCAAGCCAAUCAGUGUGUGGGGCUCUGCAGUCCCGUCCUCUCCCAAGGGGGCUUUCCUCAGCGAUGAUGGAGCUUAUACAUAUUUCUACAAGGGAUCCAAAUACUGGAAGUUUGACAACCACCGGAUGAAGAGUGAGCCGGGCUACCCUAAAUCCAUCCUGAGGGACUUCAUGGGCUGCAGCGUGGACCUGGACCCAGACAGAGACAGGGACACCGACGCAGGCCGCAAGGUCCCCGACGUGGAUCGCCCGCCCUUCAACCCUGACGCAGGCCGGGACAAGGAGAAGGACAAGGAGCGGGACAAGGAUCAGGGCCGUACCAACGAUGUAGACUAUAAGGACGAGAGAGAAGAGGAGACCAACGAGGUGGACGUGGUGCUGAAGAUCGACGAGAGCGAGACGCGCACUAUGAACAUCAUCAUGGUGACAGUACCCCUGGUCCUGGUGCUGUGCAUCCUGGGACUGAUCUACGCCAUCAUCAACACACUGAAGAGGAAAGGAACUCCCAAACUUCUGGUCCACUGCAAACGCUCCAUGCAGGACUGGGUGUGACCUCUGACACACUUAAUAACCCCCCCCCCACCCCACAACCUGAACCCUACGCUCAUUCAUCUAUCUUCUCAUCCAAAACAUGGUAGUAGUGACAUACGUGCAAAUACAUACACACACACACACGAUGCACACACACACACACACACACAGCAAACAUAAACACAUACACAUAACUCGUUCUCCUCCCAUGGUGCUCUACCCAGUGAGUUGACUGUAGUCUAUUUAUAUCAGAAAGUUUGCACAUUGUUUUUUGUUUUUGUUUGGUUCAUAUUGUGUGUGAGUCUUUUUUUCUAAACCAGGAAGUGUCUGCAUUAUUCUCUCUCUCUCCGCCCGUUACAGUGGGUUUCUCUGAGAUAACUUCCAUCUGGUUUUUGGAUUAGCCUUUGAAAGGAAAACAGAGAUAAAACAGAGCAAUAGAGAGAGACUGCAGCACAGAAUGAAGGGAGUGAAGGAGGUUUGAUUCUGUGAAAAGCAGAGAGCCCCCCCUCCCUCUCCCACUCAUCCCUCCCUCCCACCUCCUCCCUCACUCAGGACUCCUUCAGCUGAACCAGGCCUACUGCACGUCAGGUAUCAACAGGAGAGAGAUCAGUGUAAAUAGUGUCACUUUUGAACUGCAACUCACCCAAUGCCUUUUAUUACUACACCUUCCAUGUUGAACAGCCACUAACUUAACUUUUCGUUUUCUCAUCUGUUUUUAAUUCAAGGGCACCAUGGAUGAUAUUGGAAAUCUUGUCCAUACUUUAUAGACAACUUUCACAAAUGUUUGGCUUAUUCAACCAAACAUGGUCCCGUGGUGCCUUUUUCAUUUCUAACCUUGUUUCGGUCCUAUUAAUCGUGGCAAUGAGAGUUUGAGUUGUUAUGAUAGGGAGGGGUUGGAAAAGAAAGGUGCUUCUUUCCUAUUAUUUUUUUUAAGACAAAGGCAAUUCACUGUGAAAUGACUCUGUGUGGGACUUGGAGGAGCAGUUGAGGUACUGAGGUAGGAGAGAGACGGGGUAUUGAAUGAAUAUCCACUGGGCAAAAACUAAUUGAAUCAAUGUUGUUUCCACAUCAUUUCAAUGUGAGGAUGUUGAAUCAAUGUGGAAAGCUGAUUGGAUUUGCAAAAAGUCAUCAACGUAAGGGAAUCAAAUUUUUCCACCAAACGUUUAACCUAAAUCCAACCCAGCUAGCACAUUUGGUUCCUUGGAAGUUGUGGGAACAGAAGUUUUUGGUUAUCCAUUGAUUCUGGGAAAGAAGCCAUACGUUUCCUGAAUAGUAAAACGGAAUGUCUUUUAAACGUUCUGAGAAUGGAAGUGAACAUUUUGCCUGUUCUGGGAAUGUUCAUUUUUCGGUUGCAGGGAGGUUGUGAGAACAUUUUACUAUGGUUCCCUGAAAGUUUUCCUGUGAGGUUUUAUUAAUGUUCUGAGGUGGAAAUUAUAGGUUAUUUGAAGGUAAUUAAAUUAAGUUCUGGGAAUAAGACUUAAUACUACUGCUAGCUUAGGUUAACUGUUUUGAACUCCAACCACAGAUAGGACACAUGGAAAUUCACCUUCUUAGGAACUUAUGGUAUUCUGCUCUCUAUCCAUGGACUUAGUCCAUUGAUGCUGAGAACGGAAUGUAUAUGUUUUUAAAUAAAAAUUUUAGAACGUUCUUUGAACAUUACUAAUGUUUUCUUGUGGGAUUUUAUGGAACAUUUUCUUAAUGUUUCUGAGAAAGUACUUUAAAUAGAACCAUGAGGAAACCUGCAGAAAACGUUAUGCUGAAGUACUGAAAUUCCCACGGAAGAACGUUGUUUCUUAACGUUCUCUGGACGUUCUGAGAACAUGACUUUAAAUAGAACCAUGAGAAAACCUGUAGAAAAAGUUAUUCUGAAGUACCGAAAUUCCCACAGAAGAACUUUGUUUCUUAACGUUCUCUGAACAAUUGGAGAACAUCACUUUAAAUAGAACCAUGAGGAAACCUAUAGGAAACAGUACUGACAUUCCAACCUAAGAAAUAUAUGGUUCUCAGAACGUUAUCUGCUUGCUGGGUACCCUGCACCAUUCCCAGAACAUUGCGGGAAGGUUUUAUGCAAAAUAACCUUAGGACAACCACGCUCUCACCAAGCUCGAAGAAAUAUGAUUCUCAGAACAUUAUGUGCUAGCUGGGAAUGACAUGCUGAAAUGUUUUGUUGAUUUCAUGUUGAAUUGAAGUUUGUUGACAACUCAACCAAAAUUAAAUCAAACUAGAGUUUGAAAUAACGUCUGUGCCCAGUGGGUAAGAGAUUGACUAACACUUUUCAUCUGAGAAAUACUUGGAACAAACGAUACUUCAGCCUCCUGAAAUGUUUUAAUAAAUAUAAUUCAAGUAAUGCACCA